UCUCCUUUCAGUCCGCGAAGCGAAUUGACUUGUGCUUGUGCGAAUUGCGUCUACGUUUUGUAAAAUAUUUCGUUACCGUAAUCGUGUUUACCCCUGGUGUUUUAUUGUACCGUUUUAUGGAUUACAUUAGUUAAUUUGUCGUGUAAAACAUUGUGACUUUAUUGCUACCAAAAUGAUAAUUUUAAAAAUGUGGAUGGAUUUAUCGUGUUAUGGUUAUUGUUUGUGUGAUAAGUGUACUUUCAUAGUAUUUGUUAAAAAUUAUGUUAUCCUUCAUUAUGAGAACUAACAUCCGUUUACUGUUUAAAUAAUAAUUAAGGUUUAACAAUAAUAAGCGAGGGCAUCAUGAACAUCAUAUUGCUGGCGUUUACAUGUGGUCUUUUGGGAUCAUUAUCAGGACAGGACAGUCCAAGUAAAUAUGACAUAUUUGAUUUCACAAAUUACACAGUCAACAUGAAAGUAAAACAGGAGCCACACUUCUAUAAUACGUCGAUCAGAGACUACAAGGCAGCAGUGGGUCAACCUGCGUACUUACAUUGCUUUGUGAAAAAUUUGGGCGAUCGAGAAGUAUCAUGGAUACGCAAGAGGGAUCUUCAUAUUUUAGCUGUGGGAGUCCACGCUUACAGUAGAGACCCACGUUUCGCGGCGAUACACACGGAAGGCUCCGACGACUGGGUCCUGCGCGUAGCUAACGUUCAACUCAGAGACACGGGAGCUUACGAGUGUCAAGUAUCAACUGAACCUAAAAUGGGAAUUACCUUCUGGCUCACAGUAGAAGUGUCUAAAGCAGAAAUCACGACGGGAACAGAGGUACUUGUUCGCUCCGGCUCUGAUAUCAACCUCACGUGUCGAGUAGCGAACGUCGCUGAACCACCCAGCUUUAUCUACUGGUACCGUGAUACGAACAUGAUCAACUACGCGCUGCGCGGCGGCGUCAGCGUUGAAACCGAUCAACAUUUACGCACCAGCCGUUUGCUCGUCGCGAGAGCCACCACGAAAGAUUCUGGCAACUACACCUGCGUUCCUAGUAACUCAGACACGGCGUCAAUAAUGGUGCACGUCGUGAACAGCGAACGUCCUCAAGCGAUGCAAAGCGGCUCCUCAUCCACAUCGGCUUCGUUACUAACCAUAAUUAUCAUAACGAUUGUCGUUAAAAAUAAUCGAUUCCUAUCGAUUUUAAUACAACUUAUUAUACUCAUAAAGUUCAUUUAUUUCGCAUUAAAAAUAAAUUCAAAUUCAAUAUCAAUCAAUAAACGUAUUUUAGGUAAUUCUACAGAUAUAAUUAUGACAAUGUAAAUAAAAUCCCAAAGGAAACUUGUUUCGGAACUGAUUAAUUAUUAUUUAAGUGACAAAUAACGAUUAGUUUUAUAAGAUUCAAAUUCUUAUAAUAAAAUAAGAAUACAAUAAGUAACUAUUAAUUGAUUUUAGUUAUAAAGUCUUAUUUUUGAGGCUCAGUAUAUCAUCAAGGGGUAGUCUGUGGUUGCCAUCACCAAGCUGCAGGAUCGAAAGGUUCCAGUGAGAGAUGACCUUUACAUACAGAAUGUGUAUUUAUAAAAUGCAUACCUUAUGCUUAUUACAUUAGGUGUAAAAUUUGUACAUAGUUAAUUCGUAAAUAUUAAAUAAAAUAUAAUUUAGUCGUCUUUCUAGUCUGCAUAUUAUGCAAUCAAUUGUAAAACAAAAUUGGUGCUUUUGGUUGUAAAAAUUGUAAUGAAUAUAUUAAUCAAAUUAAACUAAAAAAUGUCAAACGCUCAAAACUUCUAAAUUUGAUUGUCACUUGUUCAAAAAUAAUGUAAGAAUUUUGAUCCCAUCAAUUUUCUCUCAAAUUACAAUAACAUUGUUUA